AUGUGCGCAACAAUUACAGAAGCCGCACAACUAAUUAUCUAUAAGAUUCAAAUGACCAUUGUCGAUAACAUCUGGCCUGGGUCGGCAAACGAGCAGGCGGAUUACCUGAUGGAUUGGGAGCCAUCCGGGCGUAAUGGACACCUUUCAACCCCAGCGCACGUAUUAGGCGUGAGGCGUAUUUAUCAUCACAGCUCCUCCGACCAGGGGCUGCAGUACAUUAUUUCUUUCACCUUUGUCAUGUCAGCCAAUAGACCACCACAGACGGGGCCCUAUAUAGACCUGAUGUUCAGCCGGGGUUGUGGGAUAAGCGCAAUGAGGCACCGCGACCUCGGCCCACAGCAAGAAAAGGAACGGUUUGUUUCAAACAAUAGGUAUUUUGAGGCGAUCCGGACAAGGACUGCACCGUUGACGCUUUGGAUGGGCAAACUGUCAUAUUGCGUGUCGAUUCCCGCACGAAACAACUCCUCUUAUAAUCCCCAAAGGGUUGUGCUGGUUUUUAAUGUGCUGGUUAUGAUGUUACGUGUUAAACACAACCUAACCCUUCGAAUAAGGAUGAUUUGGUCGACUCAAAAACUUACAAAUUUGCUACCAGCACAGUGUGCCUACAAAGGGCUCUUUUUAUGUUAUAGUUCGGCAAACGAGCAGACGGAUAACCUGAUAUCGCGGGUGAAGCGCAAUAAGGUACCGUGGCCUUGGUCUGAAGCAGGAAAAGGAAACGCGACGGGGUUUUUAGUCAGUAAGAGUCUGGCACUCCAUCAUGCCAUAGCUCGGGAAGUACCAUGCUUACCAUACUACUGGAUAUCUCCGGCCACCGUAAGCGCGGGUCUGCGGACGGCGAGUAAGGGUAGCUCGCCGCCCGACCAGAACCAGACCCGAGAGUACCUACGAACUUUAAUGGAAAGUCUGAUCAACAAGUACACCUACAACAUGUACCUAAACAAAUACGAAGCGAGCUCCUGUCAACUCCAGUUAAUACAACAUGGAUUGAUAAAUCAGGCGUUAUCAUAA